AUGGAUAGCAUUAGUACACACGUUCUUAAGAAUAUUUGGUUGGAUUGCCUACCACCUUCAGUUCGAAGUGUUAUAUCUAUUCUCAAUGGAGACCUAGAAGAACUUGCUAAGAAAGGCGAUAAGUAUAUCCCGUGUUCUAGUUUGCCAGUCAUCGCUGUUACCGAAAACCUCACCUUAGACAAAGCAGUGGCUGCAUUGAGUGACCAAAUUAAUGCUUUAUCCAAAAGAAUAACUGUAUCUGAAGAAGGGCAACAGCUUCAAAUGGUCAAGAGCACCACGUUAUCAUCUGACGAGCAGUGUUACUACCAUCCAUCGAAGAUUUAG